CUCGUCGCAACGGAUUCCAGGACAGCUCUAGAUCUGUUGCAUCUUCGGACUCGUUGGGACGUUUCGGAACAAGCGGGAUUUCACGUGCAUCCGGCAUUGACUCGAGAUCGCCCCCUCCGCUCCUCUGCCUCUCGGUCGAAAGCACAGACUGAGACAAGUCGCGGACCACCUGCAAUCGAAGAUGUCUGAAACCGUGUCUGCUGAGCGAUGGACCGAGGUCCCCCUCGCGCCCCCCGAUGCUAUAUUCAAGUUGACUGCUGCGUUCAAGGCGGAUACCUACCCCAACAAGGUCAACCUAGGAGUUGGUGCUUACCGGGAUGACAACGAUAAGCCGUGGGUGCUGCCUGUAGUGAAGAAGGCGACGGAUAUCCUCGUCAAGGAUCCUGCCUUGGAUCACGAAUACCUGCCUAUCACCGGUCUCCCCGAAUUCACCUCCGCUGCGGCGCGCCUCAUCUUUGGUAGCGACUCGCCUGUGAUCGCCGAGGAGCGCGUUACUAGCGUCCAGACUAUUUCUGGGACUGGCGCGAACCAUCUGGGCGCGCUCUUCCUGAGCAGGUUUUACGGCUGGAACGACAAGCGUGUCUACGUGAGCGAUCCAACGUGGGUGAACCAUCACCAGAUCUUCCCCUUGGCCGGCAUCCCAGUGUCCACAUACCCUUACUACGACCCGCAAACCAUUGGCCUCGCGUUCGGACCCUUUCUCGAGACGCUCAAGAAUGCCGCGCCCCGCUCGGUCUUUCUGCUCCAUGCGUGCGCUCACAACCCCACCGGUGUUGACCCGACGCGGGAGCAAUGGGGACAGAUUGCGGACGUGUUGCUCGAGAAGGGCCACUUUGCCUUCUUCGACUGCGCGUAUCAAGGCUUUGCGAGCGGCGACCUCGACAACGACGCCUGGGCUGUGAGGGAGUUUGUCAGGAGGAAUGUGCCGCUGCUGGUCUGCCAGAGCUUCGCGAAGAACGCCGGUCUGUAUGGUGAGCGUGUCGGAGCGCUGCACGUCGUGUCCCCUUCGAAAGAGGCCGCGGUCCGGAUCAAGAGCCAACUGUCGGUGCUGGCUCGGUCUGAGAUCAGCAACCCUCCUGCCCAUGGGGCGCGCCUGGUAUCACUCAUCCUGAACAACAGCGAGCUAUUUGAGGAGUGGAAGCGCGACAUCAGGACGAUGGCAGGACGUAUCAUCGACAUGCGCAAGGAGCUGCACCGGCUGCUGACGGAGGAGCUGAAGACGCCCGGGAACUGGGAUCACAUUGUGAACCAGAUCGGGAUGUUCAGUUUCACGGGGAUUAGCCCUGCGCAGAGCCAGGCGCUGGUGGAGAAGGCGCACAUCUACCUGACCGCAAACGGACGGAUUUCGAUGGCGGGGCUGAACAGCCACAACAUCCGGUACUUUGCGGAGUCGCUGGACAAGGCCGUGCGAGGGCAGUUGUGAGCGGGCAGGAGGGGAUGUAGGGUGUAGGGACGGGGCCGGGAGAAACGGAUUAGCAGUCGAGAUUUGUAGAAUAGAAGGAGCGUGGGAAAUGACGUUAUGUUCCUGGGGACGAGUCUAGGCCGGAAAGGACGAGUGACAUCAUGGGCAUGAUGGCUCGGACGAGAGGCAUCGUUCCGCAUCAUUUUCAUACAGAGCACCACUCGCUUGCCCAACGCCUGCCCCUCCUCUCCGCCCGUCCUCUGCCUAAUUCUGGCCGUACCCCGCCGUCGCCCUCGUUGUCGCCGUCGCCCUCGCCCUCGCCGUCGCCCUCGCCGUCGCCCUCGCCGUCGCCCACGCCCCCGCCUCCUCGCCCACUCCACCUCUUGCGCUGUGCAUGCCCCUGCACACCCUCUCUCGACCCGACCCCCCACGCCCGCCCACCUCUUGCCUCUCCACCGCACCCGCCUGACUGCCCAGUCCCCCCCAACACGCCUCGCGCCGCGACGACUGCUGUCCUAUAUGCUGCCUCCCGCUCACUUCUCUGCUGCGCCCAGCUUGCCCUGCUUCUCUCCCCAGCCCUCUUGCGUCAUAUCUUCCCUCCCUCCCUCCUCCGGCUGCCGCCCGUUUCCUCGUGCUCGGCCCUGACUUUUCUACCCCCGUCCCGGCACUUCCCAGGCCUCCGUCCUCUCUUCUCUCUCCCCCGUUCCCCGUGCCUCGUC